CUGAUUCCGGCGCCGUAGCAGAAAUCGAGCCUCCACCGAGUCUUCAUCAUGUAAAAACAACAGCUUUUUCUAGGGUUUUGUCUCGUUUCUUUGUGUGGCUGCGUUUACACUAGAAUAUGCCCAACUUGGAGGAGGCAUAUGUAGAUGUUAGAUACCCUGAUAUUUCAAGUCAUAUCGGAUUAAUCACAUCUGUUAAGCGUCUUACUAUUUGCUCAGAGACUGUGUAUGGUGAUGGUUUUGUCUUCAACCAGCUUGAACAUUUGAAGCUAUGUGUAUGCACAGGGAAGUCGAAUCUCCUUGUCCGGUUGCUCGAAGAUUCUCCUAACUUACGAGUCCUAGACAUCGUUGAAAUGGAUCAUUACGAUAUGCAUUGGAAGGAUCCACCGAUUACUGUUGAUGAAUGUAUUCUGUCAAGUUUAAAAACCUACAACUGGUCAGGAUACUUGGGAAGAAGACCACAAGAGAGAGAUCUUGCGGUUUACAUAUUGGGAAAACGAUGGGUCGGAAAAGGGAUUAAAUUCCAAGUUGUAUUCAAAAUCUUGGAUGUUAGAUACCGUGAUAUUUCAAGCCAUAUCGGAUCAAUCACAUCUGUUAAGCGUCUUACGAUAUGUUCAGAGGAUCAUUAUGAUUCGCAUUGGGAGUAUCCACCGAUUACUGUUGAUGAAUGUAUUCUGUCGAGUUUAAAAACCUACAACUGGUCAGGAUACUUGGGAAGAAGGCCACAAGAGAAAGAUCUUGCGGUUUACGUCUUGGGAAAACGUUUGUCGCUUGAAGACUGCAACAAUCUCGUCUGAGACAUGUUUCUAUAUUCCAAAACUUAGAUGAUUAAGGAAUUGUCAACCUUCUUUCGGAGCAUCAACCACAUGCCAACUCGUAUUUGAUUAGGGAUUUUAGUUUUAGUCAUUAGAUGUGUUCAUUUAUGUAAUAGGAUUCUUCAAACUUCCAUAUGUAUCUGUCUGUUUCCCCCAAGAAAAUGCAGAUUCUUCC